GUCUCACGAUCCUCAGCCACACACUCUGAGCGCCGUCUUCAUAGCGCUGUUGUGGCGUCUGCCUCCUCCUCCUCCUGUUGUUGUUGUUUCUCUCUCUCUCGGUUUGCUGCCUUGCUCACUGACGUGUUAUUGAUUAUUCGCGUCAAUUGAUUUCUAAUUUGCCGCUUGGGGAAAUGUCGUGGAGCCAAUUGGAAUUUCCGUGUGCGCUGUCGGCAUCGUGGACUUAUCCCAUUCCGCAGUGUGCAUGAACGAGUCCUCGUGUGCGGACCGAGCUCCGAGCAGACACUUGUUGAAGACGGCGACCCGGGUUCGACACCGGGCCAGGGUGACGGCGGAGAGGACGAUGGGACGACGCUUGCUGUGGCUGGCAGUUGCACUGGGAGGUCUUGCGCAAUCGUCAGAGGUGAAGAGUUCCCAAGACAAUGCCACAGAGUCGCCCCACGACGACGAGGGCUGCGUGGACUCGUGGUUGCAGCGGCACGGCGGCGCGCGGCGCUACUACGGCGGCGCCGUGGCCGUCACGGAGUCGGGCGACGCGUGCCUCAGCUGGAGCCUCUUCCCCGACUUUUCGCGGCGGUUCCCGCGGGGCGCCGGCCUCGGCGACCACAGCCGCUGCCGGAACCCCGACGGAGACGCCCGCCCGUGGUGCUUCCGACGCGAGCCCGGCGGCGUCGUGGGCUGGGCCUACUGCCGGUGCAACGACGGAGCGGUGCGGCUGGCCGGAGGGGCCACCGGCACGGAGGGGCACGUCGAGGUCUACUGGGCCGGGCGGUGGGGCACGGUGUGCGGCCGCGGCUGGGACUCGCGGCACGCCACCGUCGUGUGCCGUCAGCUCGGCCUCGGGGAGAGGGGCAUCGCGAGGAAGCGGGCUCGCUCCGGCCCCGGGCAGCGACUCGGGCGCGACUCGGGACGCGACCGCUCCGGCCACUGGCUGGGCCUGGCGUGCACGGGGGCCGAGUCGGCGCUGUCUCGCUGUCCGCGCGCCGCCGCCGGCGGCAGCAGGGGCACCACUGCCAGCUGCGGGCGCGCGGGGGACGCUGGCGUGGCCUGCGUGACGCGCAAAGGUUCCAUGCCCUCGGUGAGGCUGGCGGGUGGCCGCUCGGCGCUGGAAGGCCGCGUGGAGGUGCUGCACGCCGGCGCGUGGGGCACCGUGUGCGACGACCAGUGGGACGAGCGCGACGCCCAGGUGGUGUGCCACCAGCUUGGCCUGAGCGGGCAAGCCCGGGCGUUGACGUCGGCGCGCUUUGGCGAGGGCGUGGGCCCCAUCUGGAUGGACGAGGUGCGCUGCUUGGGCGGCGAGGGCUCGCUGGAGUCGUGCCCCCGGGCGCCGUGGGGCCACCACAACUGCCUGCACAGCGAGGACGCCGGCGUCGCCUGCAACCCGCACCAAGAGGGAUCCGUCCGUCUGGUGGGUGGCAAGGGCAGCCACCAGGGCCGGGUGGAGGUCUACCACGACGGCGAGUGGGGCAACGUCUGCGACGACGGCUGGACGAUGGCCAGCAGCCACGUGGUCUGCCGCCAGCUGGGCUUCAGCGGCGCCGACCGCCCGGCUCGCGAGUCCGAGUUCGGGCCCGGGUCGGGCUUCGUGUUGCUGGACGAGGUGUCGUGCCGGGGCGGCGAGGCCUCGCUGCUCGCGUGCCCACGCAGCGAGUGGGGGCGCCACGACUGCUCUCACGACGAGGACGUGGGCGUCGUUUGCCGUCGUCACGGCGAGGGCUCCCGGCCGCCCUUCUUCAAGGCGGCCCCGGCCCCGCGGCUCCGUCUGGCCGACGGGGAGAGCGAGCGCGAGGGGCGCGUGGAGGUGCUCGUGGACGGCCGCUGGGGCACGGUGUGCGACGACGGCUGGGGCUGCCGGGAGGCCGCGGUGGUGUGCCGCCAGCUGGGAUACAGCGGGCCGGCGCACGCGUGGCCCAUGGCCUACUUUGGCGAGGGCGAGGGCCCGAUCCACCUCCACAGCGUGCAGUGCUCCGGGCUGGAGGGAUCGUUGCACGAAUGCGUGCGCUCCCCCGGUGACCCCCACGACUGCCGGCACAGCGAGGACGCCGGCGUGAUCUGUGACGAGAGCGGCGAGCGCGGCAACGAGGUGGAGGCAGGAGUGUGCGGCGUGCGUCCACUCCGCAGGGGCAAGCGCAUCGUGGGAGGGCGCAGAGCUGUCAGGGGCAGCUGGCCCUGGCAGGCCUCACUCAGGCUGCGAGUGCCGGGAGGCCAGAGCCGGCUGCUGUGCGGGGCGACGCUCAUCGGCACCUGCUGGGCCCUCACGGCCGCUCACUGCUUCAAACGCUAUGGCACCAACAGCACCCGCGCGUACGCGGUGCGCGUGGGCGACCACCACUCGCUGGUGCCCGAGGCGGCCGAGGAGGAGAUGCCGGUGGAGCGCGUGGUCACCCACCCGGGCUACGACGCCGCCUCGGGCUCCAACCAGGACGACAUCGCUCUCGUGCAGCUGCGGCGGCCCUCCGCCGCGACCCCGGCCCGUCGCUGGCCCGGCGGCGAGGAGGUCGGAGGUCGGCCGGGUCGGCCGCGCGGCGGCCGCAUCGAGGAGGAGGCGUGCGCGCGGCUGAGCGCGCGCGUGAUGCCCGCCUGCCUGCCCGCGCGGGGACGGGGGGACGUGCGGAGGACGACGAGGGGGUGCUACGUGACGGGCUGGGGCGACACGGGCGUCGCGUACUCGCGCACGCUGCAGGAGGCGCGCCUGCCGCUGCUGCCGCGGCGCGUGUGCCACCAGCACUACGGAGGGCGCUUCCUGUCGGAGCGCAUGCUGUGCGCGGGUGGCAUCAGGGACGGCGCUCGCGUCGACAGCUGCCAGGGCGACAGCGGCGGCCCCCUGGUGUGCGAGCAUCCCGACGGCCGCUGGGAGCUGCAGGGCGUGACGUCGUGGGGCCGCGGCUGUGGCCUCCGUGACUCCCCUGGCGUCUACACCCGCGUGUCGGCCUACCUCGGCUGGAUCCGGAGAGUCUCACACAUCACGUGACGCUUCACGAGCGUCGACAGGAACGCGGUGUUGUCGACCAAGCGACUUUCUUUUUUGUCGCUGGAUUUUUGCGACUUUUAUUUUCCCCUUCCCCCCCGCCGCCCCCCGAACGACAACUUUUAUUUCAAAGUUGCUCGCGACAAAUUUGGCCACUUUCUGGGACAUCAUGUAGAUUUGGGAGCGAUUCAAGGUUUUAAAGUAUUAAGGAUGUUGUAUCAUCAUCCUCAUGAGCCACGGUCAGUCCACUGCUGGAUGAAGGCCUCCUCAAGCCACUACCGUCUCUCAUGAUCCUGCGGUGGCAUGAUCCACCCAGCACCUGCACGCAAGCUGAUUUCUCACUACUUUUAAAAUCUGGCAAAUUAUCAAGCGACAUCUUUUGCGACUUUCUGACUAUCAACUGGGAACGCUUCCGCUUUACGGAAUGCUGACAAGAGCCUCAGCAAAGCCUCUCAUCUGGUCGGCUUUCAGAUUUGUGGUGAAUGUUAAAAGGUCAAGAGGUCAUGGCUGGUGCCAAUUAUGGGGACCAGACAUACACACACUUAGACAUCACUUCUGUCUGCCAGAUCCUCUAGUUGUUGCAAAGCCAAUGCCUCGAACUUCAUGGCACACUCCUACAGUCAUCAUCAGUCAAGGCCAAUCAGCUGCUUGUAGAUGCCCCCCCACAAGAGAAUCUGCGAAAGUGAACUCGAUCAGGCACUGGAAAUUAACCUUGGAGUUUGUGGACGGUGUUUACACACACGCAGCAAAGACAAAGAUCCCCCGUAUAACCUUGAACAGACUUUGGGGCAAGUGCUGUGAGCGAACAUCUAUGGAGGCCGACACGGCACACGAGAAGGUGUGCGGCUUGCAUCACACCCGACCGCCUUUGUCUCCCUCGUGGCGAUGAUUACACACCACACAGGGUACUCAUUCGAGGCUGAGUUGACCUAAGGGAGGCCCGGCCCAGGACCGGUUCAGAUAAUCGUCACCUGGUGUUCGCCAUGAGCGGGAAUUAAACGUGGAUCGCCGGGUUCGUAGCGCAGCGCGCUGACCGCCACACUUACGCUCCCUCACACGCACGCAACCGACACCUGUGGACACGACGCUACGGUCGCAUCACUAAACGUUGAUGUUCACCGCCACGUGACCAGGGACCGCUCCGCUCACGUCAAUUUAGUCAAUAUCAAGGUGGUGUUGACAACGUUGGGGCACGUGGCCGUUGGCAGUUUCUCACUGUAACAGCGUGUGACAGAAAGGGGGGCACGUAAGGAUUUUGGUGAUUCGAUGAAAUUGUCACAUUUCAGAAUGGUUGUCCGAUUGAAGAAUCCAUUUGUUACCGUAGCUUGUGUGUCCGUCUCUUUGCACAGUAAGCUUGUUCGUCCGUCUCUCUUCGCAGUUUUUGUAACUCUGGGUUCGCCUAAAAUGUGACGUUAACAUAUCAUAAACAAUCCAUUGUCAAGCGCACAAUUGUACGUAUGUGUGUCGUGAGCAUAAGAGUCGAUGUAUUGAUGUAUCGGUGCGUACUUAUUGGAUAUGUGACAGGUCAGCGUGCCUGAAUUAUUCAAAAGCGUCAAUGUAACUCGGUCAUCGAAGUUUAAUUUCGACCUGUUAGGGCAGUCCGCGACUCUCUGUUAGUGGCAUCACUUCAUAAGCUGUUUACCGUAUUCGGUAACACUAACCGUCGGUGGUUAGUGGUAGGAUUAGCACUGUUACCGCAAAUAUAAAUUGUCGUUCUCCAUGUCUGGGGAAUCAGUGUUAUUGACGCGGAAUAAAACGUUUGACGUUUGGUCUCAA